AUGAAGAGACUGACAUUUGGACUUAACUGUAGCCCAUUUCUCGCAAUUGCAACAAUCCAUGCACACGUUACUGGUUAUCUUCACACAUGCCCAAGAGCUGCAAGAGAACUCUUAGACAAUAUGUAUGUGGAUGACUGUUUGACAGUAGCAGAAACAGAUGAAUCUGCACUAAAAUUGAAGAAUGAAUUGACAACUAUAAUGAAGGCUGCAGGAUUUAACCUAACGAAAUGGGCAAGUAACUCGCAACAAGUGUUGGACAGCACCCAAUCUGAGCAGAAGGAAUCCUCGUCCAUCGUCAAUCUCACAACGCAAGCUGAAUCAACGAAAGCACUUGGUGUCUCAUGGGACUUGAAGUCAGAUUGCUUUAGAUUUGUGCCGCCACAAGAAGAACUCUGGCGUAGAGGUCUAGAUUGGGACGAUCCAUUAGAAGACGACAUUCAAAGAGAAUGGUCUGCAUGGCAAUCAGAGCUGUCAAAGUUAUCUAACGUCACMAUUCCUCGCUGCUUCGGAGAAGGAUUGGUGCGAGACUCAGAAGUUGAAGUACACGGCUUUGGAGAUGCAUCACCGAAGGCUUACGGAGCUGCUGUGUACAUUCGCAUCACAAAUGAAAGUGGAAACAUCACUACACAGCUUGUAAUGUCUAAAUCAAGAGUAGCACCGGCAAAAACAGUAUCAUUACCUCGACUGGAGCUACUAGCCGCAGUAGUUAAUGCAAGAUUAGUGACAUACGUCGCAGAAACACUGUCAGUAAAUUCAAAUCGGAUUGUAUGCUACAGCGACAGCAUGGUCGCACUUCAUUGGAUUAGACAAAACAGCGCACUAUGGAAACCAUUUGUAGCAAAUCGUGUAGCAGAAAUACAGGAACUCUGUGAACCUAAAUGCUGGAAAUACUGCCCGACAAAAGACAACCCAGCAGAUCUAUUGACGCGUGGGAUUUCCUGCUCUGAGAUGGCCAGGAGUGGGCUGUGGUGGAAGGGGCCUGCGUGGCUGAGUCGGCCGGACGGGACGCCCCCUCAAGUGCUGAGGGAUCUUGGUCGGCAGAUGCCCGAGGAGUGUGAUAAAGAAAGGCGUGCGGUUCAUACCCAUGCAGCUGUUGUAUCCAAGCCGUCACUUGACAUGACCCGAUAUAACUCAUGGUUGAAGGUAAAGCGCGUAACGRCAUACGUUCAAAUAGCCAUACAUGUAUUUAAGACAAAGAACAAGCCAUCACAGACAGAGCCAACAGUGGACGAACUUAACAAGGCAGAGUUGCAGUGCAUCAGAUGGAUUCAACAGGAAACUUACCAAUCAGAGCACAACUUGUUAAAUACUGGAGGUACUAUUCCCAACAACAGUCACAUACUCAAAUUAGACCCGUACUUCGACAAAGAAGAUGAGCUGAUAAAGGUGGGAGGACGUUUGCAAUUUGCUGAGAUCCCUGAAAACGCAAAGCACCCUGUAAUACUUCCACAUGGACACCUAGUCGUCGAGAAGAUUGUAAUAGACACGCAUAAACAUUUAUUGCACGCUGGACCAGAAGCAGUGUUGUCAUCUCUAAGACAAACGUUCUGGCUCGCUCAAGGAAGAAGAGAAGUUAAACGUAUCAUCAGACGAUGCGUUAUAUGCCAAAAGCAGAAAGUCAAAGCCUGUGCGCAGAAAAUGGGACCCUUACCAGCAGAAAGAGUCACGCCAUCGUUACCGUUCACGCAUAUCCUCUUUACAUCAAAGAGGGCUCCGAUACAAAGAAGUCUUAUGUUUGCAUUUUUACCUGUGCAUCAUCCCGUAUGA